AUGUAUAUAUAUAUGGAAAAUGAUCUAAAGUUCAUCCGAAAAUACAAUAAUUUAUAUUUUGUCUAUAAAGACCUAACUUACCGGGACACCAAUUGGAUCAAAAAAUGUAACCAGACAUUCCAUGCCGGAAAGCAAGUCGCAGUUUGUGAUCCGGGAGAAUCAAAAUGGCAUGUCCUACCAGGAAACGUCGUCUCCGUAAAAUUAGCGGCUUUUAAUUCAUAUAAAGAAGAAAAACGCGGGGACAAUGAUCCUGAGGGCAAUGAACAAGGAGUUGAACGCCUGAAAACAAUCGAUUUGACAUGCCCAAUAACAGUAAAGAUACCAAAGUCUGAAAUUUCAGUCGAGGUAUUUGAUCGAAUUGCUGCUGCAACUAACACUGAUUCUUUUAUUUUAUUUGAUCAUGCUACAAAGCUAUUUAAUACUCUUAAGAGUUCCACUAUGUCUUUAUUACUUUUACGACAAGUUUUAUAUACAAAUAGCUUCAAACGAGGUUUUGAUUUCAUACUUUAUUUCGAUGUUGCUUUCAUUGAAGCAACCACCCGCUACCUCCUAGACUUUAUACAUUCGCCCAAUAACCCUCUGAGCCGAAGAAAAGUAUUUAAAAGAAAAGUUGCUACAUACUUUAUCAUUUAUAUUGAUAACCAGUUAUUCAUGUUAGAUAACUAUUUGGUUCAGCUCGCUUGGUUAGAAGGCAAAUGCUUUUCUAUUGAUAAAACACAGUGGGACGGUGGGGUUGUCAAGGUCGACAACAGAUCCUUUUCAACAGGUUUGAUAGAAUUUUCUGGUGGCUACCACAAUAAACCCCCGAGUAGCAGGAACCAAUACGAUAUAACAAAGCUUUAUUCAAAAAUGAUUAAAACUCUAAAGAAGCACCCGCCAGACACAACAAAGGAAGCAUUUUGUCUGCGCUAUUGUAAUAAUGAUUUGGGAGACUUGGUGUCUAAAAUUUUUCUUUUUUGUUUCUUUGACUACAAUAUUCUUUUCUGGCAGGCUAGUUGUUGCUUAAGUAAGAUGCUUUGGGUCUGUAGUUUCUGUUAA